ACUCAACAACUUGCCUUGCCCUGUUCCCCUUCACUAACUCUCACGAUGCAAGGCCUACGCCACUGCUCAAACGACGUCGUUCACCUCGACCUGUCCACCACCACCACCACCACCACCACCACCAACUCAUCUUCCUCCUCCUCUUCCUCAUCCUUGUCCAUCGACGUUGACGAAUCCGCAGAGGCACGAAUCCAGCGUCUCAUAUCGGAGCACCCUGUCAUAAUCUUCACGCGCUCCUCUUGCUGCAUGUGCCACGUCAUGAAGAAGCUCCUCGCCACCAUUGGAGUCAACCCCACCGUCAUCGAAUUGGAAGAUCACGAGAUCUCCGACGCCCUCCGCAACCCCACUCCCGCCGUCUUCAUCGGCGGCUCCUUCAUCGGCGGCCUCGAAUCCCUCGUCGCCCUCCACGUCAGCGGCCACCUCGUCCCCAAACUCGUCCAAGUCGGUGCUCUCUGGGUAUGAAUCAAUCAACUGUCACCCCCUUCUUCAUCAAAUCAAAUCAAAUA